UAAAUAGAAAGUAACGUCCACUCGCCAAUCUCUCUAUCUCUCCCACUAAAUAUAUCCUCUCUCUCUCCCAAGUUUCUCGCCAACAAACAAAUUCUCUUAAGAGCUGUUCAACCUCACGAGAAUCUCGGAAUCUCCAGCGACAAAAUUCAAUCAAAGCGGAGGAGGAGGAGGAUGUGUUGUGGAAGGAUAUGCAUGCUGUGCACGUGUUUGAUUCUGGUGGUGAUCGCGAUCGGGUUCCUAUUCGGAUUCGGAGUUUUCAAGGACGGUUUCCACAAGAUCCAACAGUCCGUUCAUCUCGAAUGCGAUCCGAGAUCCGGAUGCGGCGGAGGAGUUGGACGUCGUGGUUACGGUUUCACAGCUGGUAAUAACUAGCUGUGUGAUAUGAUAUGAUGAAUUCUUUUCGAACCAGCAGCUAGCGUUUGCUUUUUGGAUUCGAAUAUAUAUAUCGAUUUUUUAGGUGUUUUACUUUCUCCAAUAGCUCCACAUUGAUUAUUCCGUUUCGUUUAACCAUUAGAUUUAGUUUUCACCUUAUGAUUGAUUGUUUGCUUAACUUUUCAAUAUGUUGUCUACUAAAAUACAUUCCGAUUACGUUACGUCUAUAGAUGUUUUCACGUUAAUGCAGUUCGCAGCUUUUGGGCAAAGAGUUAAAAGCAUCUUUAUUUCAGAUAACCCCAAAAAGAUAUUCCUAAGCAUAAUCCUAUUAGGAAAAAAUCCAUAACAAGAGAACAAAAGAACAAUAAUAAUUCUAAUAUUUAUUAUCUUUACCGUAAAGAUUGCGACGAUCUAAAAGUAAUAUUCUCGUACCUAAUAAUCUGUUAAUCAGGGGUGUAAGUUUGUUUAUUGGGUAAUAAAUUGAUUCGUAAACCAAAUUAAAAGACUACAGGGUUAAAUUCGGAUUUCGAAAAGCUAUAUGCAUUUAAACUACCAAACUAGUUAGCCUCUAGCUGAAGCAGCGGGUUUCAGAAUCCAGAGAGAUCCCAACAAAGAGGAGAACGAGAAGCCAAACAGACGAUUAUAACGAGAUGAGGAUCACUGUGAUGACAGCCGGAGUGCCGGUGAACAAAUCAUUACACUUGAUGUUGAUUCUCACGAUACAUUAAGCUUUACUUUCCACGAAUAAGAUUCUUUGGGUUUACUUAACUACGUUUCCGUAAAUUUCGCUAUUGUUAGAUCAUUAGGUUUUGUUUUUCUCGUAGGUUGAGAAUGUUAAAGACUUGCUCGGAGUUGAGGUAAGUGAUCUCAAAUAUAUCUGAUAUGACGAGCUGAGCACUCUGGCUCAGCUGGUCGGACUGUCAGUUACCUGGGUGAGCUGAGAAGCAAGAAACGACCAACCUUCUUUCUGACACUUCUGAGCAGAAAGGAAUUGAUGAGAACUGGGAAGCUGCCCUUGAACAUGUUUUAGUUUAUGCUUAUGAAAUUAGUUAUAUUUAACUUUAUCAUAGGCAGACAUGGAUUAUUUUUUCUCAUUUCCUUAGAUAAUGCUGUAUGGUGGAUAUGGAGGUUAACGGUACGUACGCCUCUAAAGGCAAAAUUUGGCAUCCAGAUGAUAACCUCUUUUUGGCUUA